AUGAAAAUCGAACUCGACUCCUUUUCUGGCAACAAGAUCUACCCCGGCCGAGGUACCCUCUUCGUCCGAGGCGACUCCAAGAUCUUCCGAUUCUACUCCUCCAAGACCGCUUCUCUGUUCAAGCAGCGAAAGAACCCCCGACGAAUCGCCUGGACCGUUCUUUACCGACGAAAGCACAAGAAGGGAAUCACUGAGGAGGUUUCCAAGAAGCGAUCCCGAAAGUCCGUCAAGGCCGUGCGAGGUAUCGUCGGUGCCUCUCUCGAUGUGAUCAAGGAGAAGCGAAACGCCCGACCCGAGACCCGAAACGCCACCCGAGCCAAGCACGCCGAGGCUGCUAAGGAGCGAAAGGAGAAGGAGGCCGAGCGACGAAAGGCCGCCAAGGCUGCCCACGUUGCCGCCGGAGGCCCCAAGGUCUCCAAGCUCGGUGCUAAGGGCUCUGCUCCCAAGGUCCAGGCUACUUCUCGAUAA